AAAAACUAGUAGUACUCGUUUGUGUCUUUAUUAUAAAGAAAAAACCAGAGAAUAUGCCAGUGAAGAUUUUAGUGUCAGAAUUCAAACCUAUAGCAGCAAUGCAUUUCUGUUCCAAAAUCUCCACAUUCUAAAGACAACAAAAAUCACACAACCUCAAACAACAACAAUCUCAAUCAAAUUUCACAACAUGUUUGGUUUAAGAGACUUAGUUCUCAUAGCCCAAACCCCUUCCUCACUUCACCACCACCAACAACAAAACCAACCCAUUUCAUCUAAUCACCCUCCUAACCUUCCUCUACCUUCAUCAUCACCUCUCAGUGUUGGGCUUGGAAUUUUCCCACUCCUAACCACCACUCACAUUGAUACUACUACUACUAAUAACAAUAAUCAAGACUCAAACUUUUGGAAUCUCAAGAUGUGUCAACCACAGCAAGUGAUGAUGAUGAUGGAUUCAACAAGAAAAGGGGUUGAAGAAGAUGAUGAAAAGAUUCAAAAUUUGAUGAUGGGCUGUGAGGAGAAUGGUGAGUUUAGAGUGUGUCAAGAUUGUGGAAACAGAGCUAAGAAAGAUUGUAGCUUUAAAAGAUGCAGGACUUGUUGUAAAGGCCGCGGGUUUGAUUGUAGUACUCACGUGAAGAGCACGUGGACUCCGGCUUCCAUGCGGCGGGACCGGCAUGUUGUGGUGGCUGAAGGUGGUGGCGACAGUGACGGUUCUUCUGGAACUAAGAGGCAGAGGAUUUUUGUAGCAUCAUCAUCGCAUGAUAAUUUUGCUGCUACCUCUCAUAGUUCAAGCUCUAAUGCUGCUACUACAAGAAGCUUAAGCUUGGAUAUAACUAGCUCUUGUCACCAAGAUGUUGGUUUCAAGCAAUCUUUGCCACGGUAUGUGACUGCACCUGCUGUUUUCAAGUGUCAUAGAGUUUCUGGCAUCGGCAAUGGUGAUGAGGAUGAAAUUGCUUACUUGGCUACUGUGAAUAUUAAUGGCCAUGUGUUCAAAGGGUUUGUUUAUGAUCAAGGUGUUGUUGUUGAUGGAAAAGAUGAAACAACAAUGGGCUGUGUUUCAGAAUUGCAACUUGGAAGUAAUGGAAGUGGAAAGAGUAACAAUAAUAGGGAAUGUUCUUCUGUAAUUCAGGUUCCAACAACUAGUGCUUACCCUGCUUCUGCAUGCUGAGGUUUCUUUAAGGUAACAUGUCUUGUGUUUCGUGUGUUGAUCGUUGGUUGUCUUUGGAUUAUGUAUGGGUGAAGAUUUAGUGUCUUGCCAUUACUAUGAUCAUAAGUUUUGAUGUAUGGAUUUAGAUUGAACAAUUUGUAUUAUGGUUAUGCAUGUGAAUUUUGAUUUGGUUGAA